AGCUGGAUUGCUCGACGUCAGUCAUCAGUCAUCACUAUCACCAUAUUCAGUAGCAGUGGUGUAAACUUCCUUUGGACGUUGUGGUUAUGAGAUACACAUUUCCAACAAUUCUUAAUUGGAUUUUUCGUCCGAAGGGAUUCAGAGCAUAAAGUAAGUGCUAUGGGGAACACACUCAAGUCUGUAUGCGACGCUAAGGACAACCUGGAAGAUCACCAUGUUAGAGCAGCCCUCCAAGAAGACAAAGGUAAAGGAACCACCCUGAUGGCUUGGGGUUUGGAAGAUUUCACAGAGAGAGGUGACCAUUAUAUAGAUGUCAUAAGUGGCCUAUACGUCAGAUAUGGGAAAGGCAACACUCAGAAUGAUGAGACUUACAUAGUCAAACUCAGUGCCCCUCAGGCUACCAAAGCACUGAGGGAUAUGGUCGCACAGGGAAACAAGAAGGAAAUUUUAUUCUACAGAGAACUUCUUCCUGCCCUGAACUCGGAGCUUAUAAAAGUGGGUUUGAAUCCACUCUUAACACCGCAGUGCCUUUAUGCCAACCAAGUUUCUGAAAACUCUGUACUGAUACUAACUGACCUACGUUCCAGAAAUUUCAAGAAAUUUCAUGGGAAAAACUGCUUAGAUAUUCCUCAUACACGUCUGAUCCUUCAAGAGCUGGCCAGAUUUCAUUCCAGUUCUCUACUGCUGAAAGCUGCUCAAGGACCACAGUUUGUGUCUAAGUAUGACUUUUUGGAUAAAGAAUGGUACAAUGUGACUGAGGACGCAAUUGAUUUCUUCAUUACAUUGUUUGACGGGAACAUUGAAAAUGCUGUUGCUAUACUGAAAAUCUUGGAGGGUGAUGAAGGAACAAUUAGGUGGCUGCAAACAAUCAAGCAUAAUGUGUAUAAGAUCCUGGAAGAGAUGAUGAAGAGAGACACUGUCUUCACCACUGUGUGCCACGGGGACUGUCUUAAUAAUAAUGUCCUAUUCAGGUACGAUGAAUAUGGAAAUCCAGUCGAAGCAUUACUACUAGAUUUCCAGAUAGUUCGUCGAGCAUCACUUGUUACAGACCUUCAUCUCCUCUUGAAUAUAAGUGUUUAUGGAACUGACCGGAAUACUAAUCUUGAGAACUUCCUUCAGCUCUACUACAACUCCUUUAAACAGGUUUUUGAUGCAGCUGGACUUCAAGCACCAUUCCAAUUCCAAGAACUACUCCAAGAAUAUGAGAACAAAAUAAUGUUUGGUAUACUCUGGGCACUGGCAGUAAUACCAACGAUUGUGAGUGAAGGGGAAUUCUCAGAAUGGGCGAGUUCUCGUGACAGAGCAAACUCAGAAGAAGCUAUUGGGAAUCAAAGAGAAUCUAUUGACUCAAAAAUAUCUGGCAAGCAUGGCGAGUUACGGGCACGUUUCUUGCCAAUAUUUGAUGAACUAAUAGACCAGGGGAUAAUUAAUUAAAAAAAAAUUAAAUAGGGAUCAUUCAUUCUAAGUAGGUGAUUAUACACAACAAAUAGUCUGUAAUAUUUGUAUUUUUAUCUGCUUUUAUUACAUAUUUUUAUCAAAUUUGACUUCUUCGUCUGUUUGGAUCAAAGCUUGUAACUAAAUUUUCGACCGAUGGACUUGAAAUUUUACAUGGUCACUCAAUCCGGGGAUAAUACAACCUUGCGUGAUCAGCACAUCAGCAGUGACCUUUAAUGACCUCUCACAGUGUCUCAGGAUUUUUAUGAAAAUCUUCGGAUUUUUUCACUACUUCUUUGGCUCGGUAGAAGAAGUUAAUAAUUCCACGAAUUUUUCAAAACUUCGUUGCCUCGACAGGAUAUCACGUUCAGUUUCGUUACCUGCCAUCAUUAAUCAGUUAAUAUUUCUGUCAAAUCUACAAAGUAUAAAAUAAAAAAAAUAUGUAAAAUAUCAAAACAUGUUUUUUUUUCUUGAAUGCACUAAAAAGUACAAAAUGAUUUUUAAGAGAAAAUUUUCUUACACUUAACCGUACUAUAAAAAUUAAAGCGUCUGGUACCAACAUGUAAGAAAUGCUACGAGAACAUUUUUUUUUCAAUUUUUAGUAGCACUUCCUUCUGUUUGGCGCCCACGCUAUUAUUAUUUUUUUUUUUUCAAUAUAAUUAAUUAUAAGAAAAUUCUGGUUUGUCUAAACUUUUUUUUUUUUUUUUACUUUUCAGUGCAUUUUAAUAAAAACAUGUCUAAGUAUUUUUAUCUUUGUACAAACUUCAUGUGAGGAUUAUUAUUUUCAUAUUCAUAUUCAUAUUCAUAUUCAUAAAAUAAUAUAUGGCUUUGUGAAUAUACUUCCAUGUUUUCUAGGCUGAAUAGACUUUAUCCCGAUGAUUGUUUGUAGUCUACUUAUGACAGCAAGACAAAAAAAAAAAAAUAGUUCGUGAUAUAUAUUGCAAAUUAUCAUAUUAAGUACCAGCUGCACCAGUGUAAAAACAUGCGAUAAAAACCGUGACCCGUUUAGUUUUUAGUUUUUUCCGUCAUCAUCAGGGGAAGUUAGGAACUGGUACGCUAUGGUAGAAAUUUACAUCAUUUAAUGGCAGGGCGAUACAAGCAAACAUACAGAUAGCUGAGACUGUAUUGACACCAAACAGGAACGAGGAUGAGGAGUCUCCACUUUUUUCUGAUUAGUAAGAAUAGUUUUUAACUGAAAAAAUAUUUACGACUGUCAAGGAAAAAUGAAUAUGUUUACCUCACUCGGGACGUACUUAUCCCACCCUUCCGACCAUCUCCCAUCCGCCGUUUUUCAAGCAUGAAUAGAAUAAGUCUUAUUCCAAUAUAUAUUUUUUGUAAUCAAUUUUAGGGGAAAAAAUUGUUGGGUAAUAUCUUUUUAUAAAUUACCUUCACCAUUAAUAACAUGAUGAAAUUAAGCAUUGUCCCAGUCAAAUUGACUACAAAAAGCUUUUGCUUCUGUACACUAACAACCAGAUAAUAGAUUUUUUUUUCUCAUGAAAAACCUUACCUGACCUGUAGUUCGAAAUCAGUCUCGGUCAUUGCAAAAGAAAGUCUUAUUGAGCUUCUCCUCCGACAAAACGUCAAAAGUUUUGUCACUGGCUGGACUUCUAAGAUUAUUUAGUGAAUUAAUUUCUUGCUAUUGGACAAUUAUGUAAUGUUGAUAUGCAAAAGAACUGAUUCUAGGUGAGCUUCUAUAAAACUAUAUUUGAAUGAUACAUUGUGCUCUAGUGUUCUAAGUCUUGAUCUUACCAAUAUUUAUAAAGUAAUUUAGGUAUGCUGUACACUACUUUACGUCUGAUUCCAUUUCAUGGGUGCUUUCAGCCGAUAGAUGACAAAUGAAAGCUAUUGUUCACCUCUAUGAUUUAAAUAUUAAGUCAUUUUUUAAUUAUUAUUAAUUUCAAAUGUAAGUCAUAGCAAUAAAAUGCCUUAAUGGCACAUUAUUUUGAAGUCAUGGUUAUAUCUGGAAAUUGUUUCUGAAAAUUUAAACAAGACCUACAUCUUCAUUAAAAUUGUAAUAGUUUAGUAAGUGAGGUGACUUUAAAAAAUUUCUUCAGCCCCUUCCAGUUCCCUAGGACCAGGGAAAGGUUCCAGGUGAAUGUGAAUAAAACAGAGGUUUUGGUGAGCAGUAGGGAAGAUAGAGGCAGAAGAGCAAUGCAAGAAAGAAGAGGCCCGAUUAUAAAAAAGGUGGAAAAGUUUAAAUACUUAGGAUCUACUUUAAGCUAACUAACUAACAUUGAAAAUAAACUGAAAAUUAUGUAAUCUUUUGUAGGUUUAAGAAAUAUUUUAAAACAAUUAAUA